AGACAACCGAGCUGGUCCCGAGAAGUGCUCCACACCAGACUUGUAUAUGUGCUCUGGUCCCCAGGACGACAACAGUGACACAUCUGAGAAGAAGGCGCCGUUGUGUGUGCCGCCGUCGUGGUUGUGUGAUGGAGACAAGGACUGUUUGAAUGGGGACGAUGAACUCAACUGCAGUAAGUACCAAAAUGAACCGCUUCAGGGAAGUAAUCCACUUCAGUUGACAUUUUGACCAGGGGAGAGGGUUAGGUGGGUAAGGAGUCUGGUGGGAUGGUUGUCACACCGCGUAUAUUUUAAAGGCCUGAAAAGUUGCACACUAUUUAAAUGCCGAGUUAGAUGCACAAUCAAAAAGUAUCUCUGCAUACUUUAUUGAAAACUUUUUUUUUUUUUUUUUGCUAUUUAAAGCUAGAUUUUCUACGACUGUGAUUUAAUGAUUAAAAAAAAGUUCAAGUUAAAUUUAUAAUUUUUCUUUUAUAUAUUCAGUUGUUAAUUAUUUUUUUUAGUUUUAUUUAUUGAAAACUUUUUUUUUUUUUUUUUGCUAUUGAAAGCUAGAUUUUCUACGACUGUGAUUUAAUGAUUAAAAAAAAGUUCAAGUUAAAUUUAUAAUUUUUCUUUUAUAUAUUCAGUUGUUAAUUAUUCGUUUUAGAUUUAGCUUAUAAAGAUAUUUUCUUACUCUAGAGCGUUUCAUUGUAAAACAAAAAUUCAACGGUAAAUUAUCCACGGUGAGAUUGCUGGUCGCAAAUUUCAUGGGCAAGGGGCUUGUAGUCAAGAGUGUAAAAAAGUAAUCCCUCUCAACUAUAAUUUUAAAUAUAACAUUCUAGAUACCGGUAAUACUUUGUAAAAAAAAAAAAUUUAUUCAUUAAACAUCACAAUUACAUUAGAUGGGCUGUUAAAUUAUUGUUUUGUUUUUCUUUAAAUAAUCCAAGUAUUUUGUAAACUUGUGUUUCGGCUUACUAUUGGACUAUUACAUGUUGGUUUCUUAUGGAGUGUUCAAAGCCGAAAACAAUGGAGUUUGUUCAAUGCAUUUCUAUGCAUAACUGAUUGACUUUGUUCUACACAUUAGUGACUGAGUUUGUUCUGUGUAUCACUGACUGAGCUUGUUCUAUGCAAUACUGACUGAGAUUUUUCUAUGCAUUACUGAAUGUACAAUAAAUUUGACAUUUUAAACUUAAUCACUUAAAGAUAUAUAGGGGGGUUGGUCUAAAAAAGUUUAAAAUGCCUGUACAUUCUUUUAAUUAAGACACACAAUAAAUAUGAUAAGUCUGUUCUGAUGAAUCCAAGCACCAGUUGGUAGAAUACGCCAUUUAUGCUCUUUUACAAUAGUUCAUUCAAUAUAUCAAAAAAUGAUCAAAAACAGCUUUUUUUAACAUGUUUAACCUAAAUUAGCCUAUAUUAUUACACUGUAGACAAAAUAAAGUUCAUGUAAGUAGACUGAGCAACACAAGUUAUCGAUUACUUUAUUUUGUCUAAAUACGUUUGCAUAAAAUGAAGUAAAUAUAUAAACAUGAUGCGACAAUCUCCCCAACACUAUGUGACCACUAUCGCCGUGGGUGGCGCUGGAUGCCACACGAUGGAGACCUUGCCUUUUAGAAAAUGGCUAUAUUUCAAAUUUGCUAUCCUGUAACUUAUUUCAACUCAUAUCACAUUAAAGUUACAUGAAUUAAGUUUACUUCGUUUAAAUAAAAAUUCAGCAAAAUGUACAAAGUAUGACAACCCACCCAACUCUCCCCUACUAUUUCGGACAGGCCUCCUGCCUGCUAUUCCCACUAGAGGCCGACCUCAUUUCGGUCUCGGUUUCGGCGGCGAAAGUUUCCAUUUUAUCACUUUUGGCGUGGUUUUGGUUUCGGCUGAAACAGAAAAUUUAACUUUCAUUUUACGAAGUGGUUAUGCGCAGCCGACUGUGUAUAACCCUGAGAGUUAUACGCAGUCGGCAAGUCACGUGACGUCUAUAUUCUUCCUGUGUUACAGUAUCAAUCAAUAAGGGUGUAUUGAUAAUCGGGUGACUGUGUGGUCGAAUGGUCUAAUCUGACCAAACCUCAAGUUGGUGGUCUUGAGUUCAAUUUCAGCCAACGGCAAGCCAUGAAUAUGCGUUAGUUGCUAUGCUUUUUCUCGAGAAUGAAGCAACAACUAGGCUUAUUGUUUUACUUUUUUUUUGGCUAAAAAAUGUUAAAACAUGAGAAGAAUUAUUAACUUGACCAAUGUAAUGUUAAUAAUGUUAUACUUAUAAUUAUAUGUUUGUGUUGUUAACUAAUUUUGUGUCAGAUAAAAUCAUGUUUCACUGGUACAGUAAUAAAAAUAAUCAUAGGUUGAGAGUACUGUAGGGGCAGGGGGUUCUGUAGAGGGGGCAGUGUAAUACUUUCACACAGUUAUAGUUUUGCAUGGAAGCUGAAAACUGUUACAUUUAGGUCAUCAAACAAAAAAAAUCAUAAAUGAUAAAAUUUAAAAAAAGAUAAAUAGAAUGUAUUUCCUGAAUUAGUCAGUAAAACCAACCACAUAGACAUAGUCAUAGCAACAUGACAUAUAAAAACCUAAUCAAUCAGAAUACAUAACUAGACUUAGACCAUGGAAAUGCCUUUAAAAAAAUCUAAGACUUAGGUUUAGACUAAGAAAUGUAGACUUUGACUUAUAAUUAUAAUAUAUAAGAUACAAGCAAUAAUACAAAUAAUAGCACUAGCACUAAUACUAAUACUAUUGCUAUCGUCAAUUUCAAUAUUAAUUAAAAUUAAUUCAAUUAAAAUUUUACGUUCAACACAUGAAAAGUUCUAGUACAAAACAACCCGUCAUGCAGCUCAUUACGCAUAAUACUUUUUUUAAAUUGCCCAACAAGCGAUUGAUAAGUCUUAUUUGGCUAAAUUCCUAGCCGACUGCGUAUAACGCUUCCCUUCAUUUUAUGUUUGGUUUUGGUUGAAAGUGUUUGAGACUUUCGGCCAUCUACGAGAAGUCAGACUGUCACCCUGUCAGUGUGUUUGCAAUCCGAUAUUAAUUAUUGCUGGAUGUCUUGCUCUCAUCAUAUGAAUAUGAUACAUGAGUAAUCCUCUGUGAACACUACGCACAGCUGCAUUUUGACUUUCUUGUCCAAUAUUUCCAAAAAUAAAAUUUCAUUUAGGCUUAGGCAAAAGGUUUAGGGGAAAAAAAUAACAAUGAAGGGAAUGGUCAUAUUUACAUUAUUAUUAUUUAUUUUUAUUUUUUUCAAAAAUAAAAUUUUGGAAUCCCAGGUUUAUUCAAUUCAUUUGUUUGUGACAUUCAUAUUUAUUUAUCAUUAUCAUCAUUGGCCCUAAAAAAUCCUGAAUACAGAAUUUACAGUAAAAUCUUUAUAGUCAAGCUUUUCUGGAAUAGCUCAAGGAACUCUAUAGCAAUUGUUUGAAGAACCAUCACAGAAACUUUUGUUAUAGAGAGAGUACCAAAAAAAAAAACAACUAAAGAGACAGUAACAAACUUAAUAAAAAAUUUAAAAGCUAAAAAUCUAUAUGGGAUGAUGCUACUUUGAUAACAAGACUUACACAAACUAUGCCAACUUUGAGAAUAUAAUUUGUGACUAAUCUAUGAGCUGACAUGUUUUAAACUUCUACUCCACAGGCAUCUCCCGAUGUGACAGUAAACAAUUUGAGUGUUCCAGCAGUUCCAAACUACGAUGCAUCUCCAUUUCCUGGCAGUGUGACGGAGAGAAGGACUGUGACCUGGGGGAAGAUGAGGCCCCAGAGGAAUGUAAGUCCUCCUCCCAGCAUAGCAUAAGCUUACAAUCAGCAGUGUCAAUGGAUUUUGUUUCUCUCCAGGCUAAUUUUUUGUUAUGACGUUUCAAGGUAUGAAAGAAAGGGAUGAUUUGGAAUGACAGUUUACUAAUGUUUGUUUUUAGAGCAUUUCUAUACGAGAAUCUUAGCCAUGUUAUUGUAUCGUGAGAACUAGAGUAAUUGAAAUAGAGCAUUUGCUUGUGUCGGUGGUGUAACUAAAUUAACAACUUUAUGUCUUCAGUAAAUCUCAAAACAUGCAUGAAGCCCAAAGCUGUUCGAUUAGUUUUAGAAAAUUGCCUAAACAUUCUUUUUUGCUGUUAAGUGAAUCAAUUUCAUUUGACUAUUAAGUGAAUAAAUUUCAUUUUACUAGUGCUAGAGCCAAUAAAAUUAAAAGAGUAAGAGUUUGUCAAGAACAACAAAGUCAUUUUUCCUAGUUUUAUUCUUUCGGAAAAAAUAGUCAAUUUUUUAAUUAUAUUUCUGAAUAGUAGUCUAUUUAUUUACUGAACUUUUGUGACAACACAGAUAUUGCUUUGAAACUGAGAAAAGGAAUUCUUGGAAACUUCUAUUUCAAAUACGUCCCAAUAAAUUAUUGACACACACAGUGUUUCCAGUUUGAAUCCAGUACAAUUUUCAUGGAUCUUUCAAUUUGUCCAAUGUUUAAGUGGGGAUUGUGAAACUGCAUGAACUUUCCAAACAGAUACAACAAUUAGAACUUGAAGUAUGCACACAGUUUGUGGCACCACUCUCUUUUUGCUUCUCAGUCAAGUGAAUUCAACAGCUGUCCAAGACAAAAGUAAUGCAUUCGAAAAUAAUAAGUUAGGUAUUAAUCUCAUUUUUGAAAAAUGUUAUAUAUUGCAGAUAGAAUACCAAACAUCAGCCGAUUCUUGAUUAAAUUUCCAAAGGGAAUGAUCAUGAACUCUUUAUUGAUAAAAGCUCCUUUGGACAUGCAUGUCUUUUUGUUUAAAAAAAAAUCAAUACUAAACUGCAAUUUGUGCAUCAAGUAUUGGUAUAAAACUAAUGUAUCGUGAUCUAAUUCAACCACACAGUCUGGUCCAACUUUGUAAUCUUGUUAACCCACUUGACAUAGUAAUUUUCUGUUAAUAAGCAUAUCUCUUUCUGUUUUAAAUAGAGUCAUUAAUGUUAAAAUUGAUGGCAUUGCCCAUUUCCUUAAUCAUUUUGACUUCACAGGAUCUGGUGGUGUGUCCUACAUACUAGAGAGUAAUCUUUAGUGUUGUAUCUCACACAUCUUACUGAGACUCGGACCCAUGGGGCUGCCAACAUUAAUUUAAAUUAACACUGUGUUUACUGAUGUCGGACCCAUGGGGCUGCCAGCAGUAAUUUAAAUUAACACUGUGUUUACUGAUGUCGGACCCAUGGGGCUGCCAGCAGUAAUUUAAAUUAACACUGUGUUUACUGAUGUCGGACCCAUGGGGCUGCCAGCAGUAAUUUAAAUUAACACUUUUUACUGAUGUGGCUGCUCCUCUUAAAUCUUUGUAUCAAUAUGUAUGUUUACUUUUCUCAUUUUCUACUUCAAAAUGGACUUGGCUCGUAGGCUCCUCAGAGAGUGAGAAAAAUUAAAUAAAUCUUUUUUUUUUUUUUUCCCUAAUGGUUGCACUGUAUUUUUUGUUUAGAGCACCAAAUGGUUGACAGGAGCCCAUCCUCCCAUUGAUUUUACAGCACUUUUUUUUUUUAAAUGCCUUUUUUUUUUUUAUGUAUCAAUAUGUAUGUUUACUUUUCUCAUUUUCUACUUCAAAAUGGACUUGGCUCGUAGGCUCCUCAGAGAGUGAGAAAAAUUAAAUAAAUCUUUUUUUUUUUUUUCCCUAAUGGUUGCACUGUAUUUUAUGUUUAGAGCACCAAAUGGUUGACAGGAGCCCAUCCUCCCAUUGAUUUUACAGCACUUUUUUUUUUUAAAUGCCAUUUUUGUUUUUCCAGCAGAAUGAGGCGGACAGAGUUAGAGCACAUGCAUCCAGGUUAUCACAAUAGUUUGAUUUUAGUUUGGGUUGAUUGCUUUCAUUAUUAAUUUGUUAUAUGUAUAUUUUUUUGUGGGGGUGGGGGAGAAUCUUUCUCUUACCCUGAUUCCUUGUGCAAUAUUCAAAUGGUCCAUCAUUAUGUUUUAUUAUUUAACAUCUCAGUGCAAUCUUCACAUCUAUUCCAAUCAGUCACAAAAUAAUUCAUUCACCAUUAGAAUUAUAAAUUAUGGUUGGAAUCAACUGGAGGAAGAUAGCUGGCAAACCUAAUUACAAUUUUAUCGAUCAUGAAGUUUUGUAUACAUUUCUCCUCAGGUCGGAAGAACUCAAAGAGAAGUAAUGUCUGAAAUAGCUUUAUCUUUAGCUAUGCCUAUCUCUCCAUUUCUUCUCUAUCAUUAUGAUUGCGGCCUGCCAAAUAAUAGCCAUCUCAUUAAAUUUUUAAAAAGGCUACAAUGUGUCAAUUCCAUCUCAAUCAUUUCAAUUAUGUUACAAUAUUAUUAGUUGCUACUAUCCCUAAAAAUGAUUUUAUUAGAUAUGAUAUCUUGUUGAGGGUUAUGGUUAAAACUGGCAUCUCAUGGCAUCUUUUAACUGAAACCAGAUCAUGGUUGAGAUUUCAUUGAUGAUAUACAGUGAGCUGUGAUCUAGACUUUUUAAGAACUAUAGCAACGACCAGCAUCACCCUCUGAUGCCAAGCACUGUUGUAUACUAAGAGAAGAGUACCAAUAAAUACAGCAUAUUUUGUUUUCUUUAGGGAUAAGCAAACUUAUCCUGGGGUUGAAUAAUGUUAUGAUUUCAUUUUAAAAAAAACCCAUCUGAGAUGAAAUAAAGAGAAUCAGCUUGUAUGGUUUGAAUGAAAACAAUAUCCACACAGUAGUCAUUACUAGCAAUGUCAUCUUUAAAUGGAUCUCUCCAGGUUUCCCAAUACAGGUGGCUUGCAAAUAAUGGUGGAGUUGGCACUGCUGACUUCUAGGCACUAUCACUGAUCAUUCUAUACAAAAAUAUGCAAAGCCUAAAACCGAUGAGCUAGAUCAUGUGAUGUUAAUACUGAAUUGACACUUUGUGUGUCAGCCAAAUUAUUAUGGGCAGUUUAAUGCGCCCAUACAUUUGAUCUGAAUUAACACAAAAGUAGCUCUCCCCAUCAAGUAAUGAAUCAAUUUAAACACUUGUUGAUAGCACAGUUGUUUUUUUUUUACCCUUAAGGAUCAUGUGGAUCUUCUUGAUUCUGAAAAAAAUAAUCAUAACAAAUUGAAGGCAUACAAUAAUGGUUUCUUCAUGUGUAGCUGCUGGCACCAAGUCAAAUUACCAUUUAUAAUUUCGGUCAAGUCAUUAAAAAAAAAAAAAAACUUUUCCCCUCCCUAUAAUUUCCUUCACACAUUCCUUCUUCUUUGCUGCUUAGGUCGGACAAAAACUAAAAAAGGAGCGUGGUCUCGAGGU